AAGUAACCACCCAUAGAGGCGAUAAACGAGUCUUUCAUUUCUUUGCUUUUCGUUCUCUCGCAACCAACCAUGGCGUCUUUCCCCCAAAAUAACUUUCAACAAUUUCUUCAACAGCAACCUUCGCAGCCGCAGCAAUCUAAGCCCUUAAGGGGUUUGUAUGACGCCAACAUGGAGGGUCAGAUUUCUCAGCAAGUGGCCUACUUCAAUACCCCAAAUCUCCUCAAUCACCACCCCCCUUACAUCCCUCCUUUUCAAGUGGCAGGGUUGGUCCCAGAAGAGAACAGGGUGGAAUUACAGUGGAAUUUCGGGCUCGAAUCGAAGAAAAAGAGGCCUAUAGAGCAAUCUUUUCUGGAGAGUAAUCUGAACAAUAACAACAGCAACAAUAACUCUCAGAUAUCGUCUUUGGAUUUGUUGCAGGCCCGAUCGGUCUCCACCGGCCUGGGCCUUUCCUUGGAAAACCCUAGAUUGACUUCUUGCGGUGAUUCAUCCUUGCUGGGGCUGGGCGCCGAUGCCAUUGAUACUGAGCUGCAACGACAGGACGCUGAAAUUGAUAGAUAUAUAAAACUGCAGGGAGAUCGUUUGCGACAAGCUAUUGCGGGCAAGUUUCAAGCAACCCAACUCCAGACGAUCUCAUAUGUCGAAGAGAAGGUUAUGCAAAAACUGAGGGAGAAAGAGGCCGAGGUUGAAGACAUGAACAAGAAGAACAUGGAGCUCGAGUCGCGGAUCGAACAGCUUUCUUUGGAGUCUAAUGCGUGGCAACAGCGUGCAAAGUGCAGCGAGAACACAAUCAACAGUCUGAAGCUGAAUCUACAACAGGUUUACGCUCAGAGCAGAGACAGCAAAGAAGGGUGUGGAGACAGCGAGGUUGACGACGCAGCCUCGUGCUGCAAUGGUGGGCCCCCCGGGGUCGACCUGUACCAGGUUUUCAAGGAAGGUAAUGAAAUGAAGGAGAUGAUGAGAUGCAAAGUGUGUAGGGUGAAUGAAGUUUGCAUGCUGCUGUUACCUUGUAAGCAUCUGUGUUUGUGUAAGGGAUGUGAAAGUAAGCUUAGUCUCUGCCCCUUGUGUCAGACUUCCAAGUAUAUAGGCAUGGAAGUUUAUAUGUAGUAAAUGUAAUUGUAAUGUGAUGUAAUGUAAUGUAACGAAGUGUGUAACCUUGACUCUGAAGAAACUUUUUAUGGAAACUUAAAUAUCUAUAUAUAUA